UAUUAUCUCAAAGUAUGUCACCUCUGCAUCACUUCGACUUUAAGAAAGACAAUUUUUUAUUUGGUCUGUUUGUGAAUAGAGUUUAUUCAACUCUUCCUUGAUCUAUACCAACAAAACUAACUUUAGUGAAUAGUUGAAACAUUAUGAAAUAUUUAGAGAGGUAUAUUGAGACUCGACAUGAUUCUCUCUCUUUUUAUUUCUGAUCAUCUACUUCUCACGUUCUGUGAAUAGCCGGAAGAUUGUGAAAUGUUCUAAAAGGUAUUUCAAGAAUAACCUGAUUCUAUCUCUUUUUGUUUCUACUCAUCUGCUUCUCACGUUCGUGAAUAGCUUCAACAUUAAGAAAUGUUCUAAAAAGUAGUUUUACCAAUCUGGCUGAUUCUAUCUCUUUUCGUUCUGUUUGAAGAAAAGAAGUAUCCCCUUGGUUCCACCAUGUCUUCCACCACAAAAUCCAUCACCGAAGCCGAAAUCGAAGCCGAGUUCUCACACCAUGACCCCACUAUAGCCCGAAUAAACAACGGGAGUUUCGGCUCAUGCCCAAAAUCCAUAAUCUCAGCACAACAACAAUACCAACUCCAGUUCCUUCAACAACCUGACCACUUCUACUUCAACACAUUAAAAUCAUCAAUGCUCAACUCACGUAAAUUAAUCCAAUCCAUAGUCAACGCUGAAAACGUUGAUGAAAUAUCCAUCGUUGAUAAUGCUACUACUGCAGCUGCUGUUGUUCUCCAACAUAUUACAUGGUCAUUCUUUUCUUCCCAGUUUCAACCUGGUGAUGCAGCAGUUAUGCUACAUUAUGCAUACGGUUCGGUUAAAAGUUCUGUGCACGCGUACUUUGCACGUGCGGGAGGAAGGGUAAUUGAGGUACAUUUGCCUUUCCCGUUGUGUUCGAAUGAAGAGAUUGUUAGUGAAUUUGAUCAAGCGCUUAAAAGGGCGAAAAUGAAUGGAGGAAAGAUUAGGUUAGCUGUUAUUGAUCAUAUUACUUCUAUGCCUAGUGUUGUUAUACCUGUCAAAGAACUUGUUCAGAUGUGUAGAAAUGAUGGUGUUGAUGUUAUUUUCGUCGAUGGCGCUCAUGCCAUUGGAAAUGUUGAGAUAGAUGUGAGAGAUAUUGGAGCGGAUUUUUAUACAAGUAAUUUGCAUAAGUGGUUUUUUACACCACCUUCAGCUGCGUUUUUGUACUGUAAGAGAUCGGAUAAGGGUUCAAAUGUGCAUCAUCCGGUUGUAUCAGUUGAGUAUGGGAACGGAUUGGCAAUUGAGAGUGCUUGGAUUGGGACGAGGGAUUAUAGUGCACAAUUAGUGAUUCCGGAGGUAGUUGAGUUUGUCAACAGGUUUGAAGGCGGGAUUGAAGGGAUAAGGAAAAGAAAUUGUGAUAUGGUGGUUGAAAUGGCGGAGAUGUUGGUGAAGGCGUGGGGGACAGAGUUGGGGACGCCAAUAGAAAUGUGUUCGAGUAUGGCAAUGGUGGGAAUGCCUGCGUGUUUAGGGAUAUCUGGUAAUAAAGAUGCUUUGAAUUUGAGGACUCAUUUGAGGGUUACGUUCAAGGUUGAGGUUCCGAUAUACUACAGGGCGCCAUUAGAAGGGGAGGUGAAUCCAAUAACAGGUUAUGCUAGGAUCUCCCAUCAAGUUUACAACACUAUAGAGGAUUAUUAUAGGUUUCGAGAUGCCAUUAUCAAGCUUGUGAAUGAUGAUUUCACUUGUGCAAUUCUAUCGAAUUGAAUAGGUGAUUCUUGAUUCUCUCUUUCAAUGGAAUAAUAAAGGUCUUUUUUCCAACUCCUUAAUUACUGGAACUUCUUCUUGUAUCAUGUUGAUGGUUGAUUAAGACACUGAUAUCGAAUUCAGUUCGCUGUUAA